CCGGAGACAACUUGGAGAUCGAUAUAUAGUGCAAUUAUAGUAGAUUGGCGGCGUAUACGGUUAUGACAAUUUGUUUUGUAUUCGAUUGUAACCACCAAGGGUUGAGAAAAACAUGUAAGAUGUUUCGCUUCCCAACCAGCCUCGCAUUGGCGAAGAAAUGGGAAAAACUUUGCAGACGUAAGGAUAGAAGCAUGAUCCCUCAGAAUGACAGGAUCUGCAGCUGUCACUUUGUAGAUGGUGAGAAGCGUAAUGGCCCCACCCUCUUCCCAUGGAGUUGUGGAAAAAUGUUCAAUUUCCCUGAUCCGAGCAAAAUAAACAGCUUGUCGAGAACCGGAAAAAAAGAGAUAAAAGAAAAAGCAGUCUCUGAAGACCAGUGUGAAUCUACUGCAAUGUCAUGUCAACCAUUACACGUUUCUCUAGAUCACACCUAUCAGGCUUCAUAUCAUCAGUUAAAAGAAGAGAAUCAGAACCUGAGGCGUGAGGUUGAAGAACUAAGAAUACAGGUCAGGAUGAUGUCAACAAAGCGAGCAUUCAGGAUUGGUGAUAUCAUAAGUGAAGAAAGGAAGGUACGUUUCGGAAGAUAAAUAGUAUAAAUAUAUCAGGUAUUAUAUAACAUGUAUAUUAUAGUAUAAAUAGUAUAUAUAAGAUAAAUAAGUUUAAUUUUGUUAUCAUUCAAUAUAGACAUUAAAUUAAAUUUCAGCUAUAAAAACCUU